UGUUGUCUUACCGAUAGGGCAAGAAUAAUAAGACGAUGCUGCUCAUUAUCACUCUCAUUAUUAUCCUCAGUUUCGGCUUGCUUCCUUCAUUAUUAUUACUUCUGCUGCUCUCUAACGAUUUACAAUGUUUUACAAUGCCGUUCCAAGCAAAGCUUGAUGAGUUGAAUACUUCGAAUUCGACGAUCACGUGUUGUAUCCAUCACGAGUUUAUUUCAAUCUGUCAUCUACAAGCUCUGCAACUUUAUUAAAGCAUAUUACUAAUAAACUCGCUACAAAUUUCUCAAUCAACUGAUAUCAUGCGCGGUAACUCUGAAAAAACCGUUGGUCUCGCUUCGAGCGGUGACCCAGGCCAAGAUCCACUCUCAUCAGCCGUUGACGAAUAUCUCGGCUUGGUCAAUCAUGACGCCCAUACAUAUCAGCUAGGCUCUGGAAAUACCGAGAAAAGGAUUGCUGUCUUCAGGCAUAUUAAGGUCUGGAGCAGAGACUCCCAGCUCGAAUUCUUAGAGACAGUAGCAAAUAUCUUUAUGCAGCCUGUCAUCCUUGCGCGCAAAGUUCUCUCUCAUAGAAAGCCAUCAAAGAAGGUAAUACUUCAAGGGAUUGAUGGAUUCAUCCACGAAGGUGAGAUACUUCUCGUUCUAGGUCGACCAGGAAGUGGUUGCACGACUCUUUUGAAGACUCUGGCUGGAAGCACCGAAACCUAUCAUGGAUGGAGCGGGAUCGUCUGUUACUUUGGACUUCCUGUUAGCAUAUUGAGGGAACAUUAUAGAGGAGUUCUGGUGUACAAUGCUGAAGGAGAUGUUCACUUCCCCUACCUGACAGUCUUGAGAACUCUUUCUUUCGCAGUCAAAACGAAGACACCACCCAGUGACAUGAAUCAUUCUCAACGUAGGAGGAAGAUCGACGUCGUGACUAACGCACUUUUGAAAAUAUUUGGCCUCGAAGCAACAAGAACCACGAUGCUCGGUAAUGAAUUCAUCAACGGCGUCAGUGGCGGAGAGAGAAAAUGGGUCUCGCUUGCCGAAGUUAUGUCAACGAAUGCGAAAAUCAGCCUCUGGGAUAACAGCACCCAAGGAUUGGACGCAACUACAUCUCUUCGUUUCGGCAAAGCUCUUCAGACAUAUGUGAAGUCUGGACACAAUAUCGCCAUAGCAGCUUUGUCACCCUUCUCCACCAAGGACGACAAAUAUUCUUUGGUACCAUUGCUGAGGCUCAAGAAUUUCUCGAAAGCAUGGGCUUUUGUGUGGUCUGACAGGCAAAGCUUGAGCGAGUUCUUGAUAUCGGUCACUGAUCCCAGCGUAAGGGUCACGAAGGAAGGAUGGGAACAAAAGGUCCCGAGGACUGUUGAGGAUUGGGAAAGAUGCUGGAGAGAUAGUGCCUGUUACAUGAGACUACAAAAAGCUCUCGACGGCCAAUUUAACACUGGACACGAGGUCAUAGAAGCAAAGGAGGGCUCACCACUAGCUUCAUAUGCACAACUUCGAAGGCGUAACCCAUAUGUCUUGUCAUGGGCAGCACAGUUAACCACAACUUUGCAACGAGCCUUUAUCAGACUAGCAGGCGACAAGCCCUUUCUAGGAGCCAGUAUUAUCGGCCCAACAUUCAUUUCACUAAUAUUUGGAAGCGCUUUCUACAAUUCUGCAGAUAAUACAACUGGCUUCUUCAGUCGCCAAGGUGUUCUGUUCUUCAGCCUGCUCUUCAACUCAGUCCAGACGAUGGUAGAGAUCUCCUCUCAAUUUGCUCAAAGGCCGAUUGUAAAAAAGCAAUCCGGCUUCGCAAUGUAUCACGCAAGUAUUGAUGCUAUCGCAUCUUUGAUUUCUAUCUACCCAUUGAAGCUGAUCGGUGUCUCGUUGUUCAACAUCGUGUUGUACUUCAUGGCGAACUUGAAAAGGGAGCCUGCUGCUUUCUUCGUAUUCGAGCUCUUUACGUAUACAAUGGUGCUGAUCAUGGCUUCUUUGUUUCGACUCAUCGCGGCACUUACCAAGCAUGAAGCGAUUGCUACUAGUAUUGGUGGGGUUUUCAUUCUUCCUCUUGUUAUCUAUACUGGAUAUAUUAUACCGAAGCCGUCUAUGCAUCCUUGGUUCAAGUGGAUUACAUACAUCAAUCCUCUCUCUUAUGCGUUCGAGGGCCUCAUGGCAAAUGAAUUCCACGAUCGGCUCGUUCCGUGUUCACACAUGGUCCCCAGCGGUCCAGCAUACCCAAACAUAUCACCUCAAAACCAAGUCUGUCCUGUGACCGGCGCUACUCCAGGAUCUAGUGUCGUUUCUAGAGACCAUUACAUCGAUGCUUCUUUCGAGUAUACAUACAGUCAUCUGUGGCGGAAUUAUGGAAUUUUACUCGCCUUCUUUGUGGGGUUGGUGGUUGCGUAUGGCCUGGUUGUGGAGUUUGUUCCGCAAGUCGAGAAAGGCAGAGGAGAUGUUCUCAUCUUCUUGAGGCGUAAGAAACAUACCGCAUUGGAGAAGAACCCGCCGUUGCCAAGUGGAGUGACUCCAACUACUUCUCGAUUGCCUACAUUAAACGAUCUUCCGAUCGCGAGAGUAGAACAGGAAUGCUUUACCUGGGACAAGCUCGAGUAUCAGAUCCCAAUUAGGGGAGGAGCCAAAACACUCCUAACCGACAUCCAAGGAUACGUCAAGCCAGGAACAAUGACAGCCCUGAUGGGAGAAUCCGGUGCCGGGAAAACAACCCUCCUGAACGUCCUCGCCCAACGCAUCCAUUUUGGCAGCGUCCACGGCUCCAUUAUGAUGAACGGUUUACGACCAGACUUCAACUUCGCUCGUACAACAGGUUACGUGGAAAGUCAAGACGUACAUCUCAGCGAAUUUACUGUUAGGGCGACAUUGAGUUUUUCCGCACAAUUGAGACAACCUCAACAUAUCAGUGAUGAAGUGAAGAAUGAGUAUGUGGAGGAGAUCAUUGAGAUGCUUGAUAUGGGAGAGUUUGCGGAUGCUGUUGUGGGAGUUCCUGGAUCGGGGUUGAGCUUGGAGCAGAGGAAGAGAAUGACAGUUGGUGUCGAAUUGGUUGCAAAACCAUCGCUCUUGUUUUUGGAUGAGCCUACUAGUGGUCUUGAUUCCCAAUCUUCUUUUGCUAUUGUCAAGUGUCUCCGAAAGCUUGCAAACUCAGGUCAAGCGCUAAUCUGCACAAUUCAUCAACCUAGCUCUGCUCUAUUCGAACAAUUCGACAGACUCCUGCUUCUACAGAAAGGCGGUCGAUGUGUCUAUUUUGGAGAUAUUGGAUCGAACAGCAAGACCGUAAUCAGCUAUUUCGAGGGUAAUGGGGCAAGGAAGUGUGUAGCGAAAACCAAUGCAGGUGAAUAUGUAUUAACUGCAACCGAAGCUAAAGACCGCAAAAAUUGGGCAGACAUCUGGCAGAAAUCCAACGAAGCCCAUAUCGUCGAGAAGGAAGCCUCGCCGACCACGGUCAAAGCUCACAAAUCAAGAGGGAAGGACACGACUUCCUAUCUUCACCAAUACCGACUGGUUCAACGACGAAGUUUUCAGUGGUACUGGCGCUCACCAGUCUACAUCCGCGGCAAAAUAAUCCUGAAUAUCGUCGCUGGUCUCUUCCUAGGCUUUACAUUCUAUCAACAGAACAAUUCUGCUCAAGGACUGCAAAACAAGAUGUUUGCUACCUUUGCAUCUGUGAUUUUAUCAGCUCCAUUGAUGAAUCAACUCCAACCUCGAUUCUUCAAAGUCCGAGCACUAUUUGUAUCAAGAGAAGAACCAGCAAGAAUGUAUCACUGGUCCAUAUUCAUCUUCACUACCGUCAUCACAGAAAUAACCGCGAAUCUACUCACCGGGACGUUGUUCUUCCUUCCUUGGUACUUUGUUGUUGGUUUCGAGAACGAUAUGGUUAACGCUCCGAGUAGAGGGAUAUACCAAUGGAUUCUCUUCUUAAUGUUCGAAACCUGGCUCUCAACCUUCGGCCAACUCCUCGCGGCCAUCGCACCAACAGAACAAACAGCUCCCCUCUUCAUCCCCAUGCUCUUCGUCUUCGUAGCCCUAUUCUGCGGCGUCCUGCAACCUCUUUCGCAACUCCCGCUUUUCUGGCAUUGGGUACAUUACGCUAGUCCAUUUACUUGGCUUAUUGACGGUCUAUUCUCCAACAUCCUCCACCUCACAACAGUAACCUGCUCGCCCUCGGAAAUCAACAUCUUCCAACCACCGGCUAACAAAACGUGCGGGUCCUUCAUCGCUCCUUUCCUUACGUACGGAGCUGGGGCGAUUUAUAAUCCUAGCGCGACAAAGGAUUGCGAAUACUGUCGCUAUGGAACCGGGGAUGAGUACUUGGGGACCUUGGACAUGAGCUGGGGUGGACGAUGGAGGAAUUUUGGGGUUCUUUGGGUUUAUGUUGUGUUUAAUGUUGGGGCGUUAUUGUUGGUGACGGGGAUUCCGAGAUGGGUUCGUGGGUGGAGGGGGGCGAGAGUUGGUGCGGGAAAUGGAUAGGUUUGAGAGCUUUGAGAUGAUGUUAGUUCGCUGAGAGG